UCACCCCCCUCCCUGUCGCCGGUAAGUGUCUCACUAGUUACCGGGCAUGGAUCCGCCGGAUGACUCAAGUAGAGAUCCGCCCCUGGGCUCCACAUACUCCUCAGCACCAAAUCUAGACUCGGACAUAAACGCAAAUGCCUACAGGCCUGUCUAUGAGAACGGGACGGACCACAAUGUCAACAUCCAGAGCGCAGCCCUGCGGGGAGCCAGCGAUCCCAGCGCGUACCCCUCCACGGACUACCGGGGCCUCAUCCGCCAGAGGUUCAUCCGCAGGAGUCUGUGGGUGUCGGACUCCGAGGAGCAGCAUCCGGUGGUGGACACGCCGGAGUGUGUCAACAGCAGCCCGGUGCUCAGCAUCGACCUGCGGACCAUCGUGGAUCGGAGUAGGACCCGGGUCCUCCAAGGGACCCACCUCGGGCUCGGGGAGACGUCCAGCACGGAGAGCCAGGCGGGGCUGAAGGAGAGCACCACGGAGAGCGUGAGCGCGGACGAGGGGAAGGGGGAGGGCAGCGAACCCGAGCCCAAGGCCGAGGUGGUCGUGGUCGUGCCCCCCGACGUCACAGGUAAAGCGGGAAGUGAUGAGAACGAAGAGGAGCCAGGGAUGAAGGCCUUGUCCACCUCACCUGGGGGCCGCUUCCUCAAGUUUGACAUUGAGCUGGGCAGAGGGUCCUUCAAGACCGUCUACAAGGGUCUGGACACCGACACCUGGGUGGAGGUGGCCUGGUGUGAACUCCAGGAAAGGAAACUGUCUAAAGUUGAACGCCAGCGGUUCAAGGAGGAGGCUGAGAUGUUAAAGGCUCUGCAGCAUCCCAACAUUGUGCGGUUUUAUGACUUCUGGGAAUCACCGGUGAAAGGGAAGAAGUGUAUCGUUCUGGUGACAGAGCUGAUGACCUCAGGCACACUAAAAACGUACCUGAAGCGCUUCAAGGUGAUGAAACCUAAAGUUCUUAGGAGCUGGUGCAGACAGAUUCUCAAAGGCCUCCACUUCCUCCACACAAGGACUCCUCCAAUCAUCCAUCGAGACCUCAAGUGCGACAACAUCUUCAUCACUGGCCCCACAGGCUCUGUCAAAAUAGGAGACCUCGGCCUGGCAACACUAAAGAGGGCCUCCUUCGCUAAAAGUGUCAUUGGCACUCCUGAGUUCAUGGCCCCGGAGAUGUAUGAGGAGCACUAUGACGAGGCUGUGGAUGUCUAUGCCUUUGGGAUGUGCAUGCUGGAGAUGGCCACCUCCGAAUACCCGUACUCCGAGUGUCAGAAUGCUGCACAGAUCUACCGCAAAGUCACCAGUGGGGUGAAACCUGCUAGCUACGGUAAAGUCAGCGACCCCGAAAUUAAGGAAAUUAUCGGGGAGUGUAUCCGUCACAGAUGGGAAGAAAGGUACUCCAUCAAGGACCUCCUGAAUCAUGCCUUCUUUGCAGAGGAUACAGGUGUGAGGGUGGAGCUCAAUGAGGAAGACGAUGGGACGAAAUCAUCUAUUGGUCUGAAACUGUGGGUGGAGGAUCCUAAAAAGUUGAAGGGAAAGUACAAGGACACUGGUGCUAUUGAGUUCACCUUUGACUUGGUGAACGAGGUCCCAGAGGUCGUCGCCCAAGAAAUGGUUGACUCAGGUUUUUUUCUGGACUGCGACGUCAAGAUAGUGGGGAAGUCAAUCCGAGACCGUGUGGCUCUCAUCAAUUGGAAGAGGGCGCGCACUGUCUCGACAGGAAAUGUUGAGAUGCAGCAGAACCUUCUGCAGGUGCCCAGUACUGGUGUACCACUGGGAGCCACAGCAGCCACAGCAGCCACAGCAGAUAAUGAGGACCAAGAGGGGGAGCAGCAGACAUUCAUCUGCACUGUGCCAACCACCACAUCUACUACAUCUGACAGUGGAGAGAGCUCUAUCAUGCAGUUAGACGACCUAAACAAUCAGCAAAACAGGCCCUACCAGUCUCCUCCAGAGCCCGUCUCCACGGCUCACAUGGUUUACAGUCCUCCUGCACAGGCUGACCCUCACCUGCACCAGGGGCCCUACCAGCAGCCCACAGCACAGGCCCCUCUUGACCACUACACACAAGCAUCCACACAGUUACAUCAGGGAGGCUACCCUCAACUGCAUCCUGGGGCUUAUCAGCAACCUGCAGCACAGACCUUUCAGUCUCUAACAACAGUUUCUGCUCCAGCUACGCCAGUCCCCACUCUGCUCCAGACGAGACAGACAGCCCAGAGCUUCCCGGCUGCAGCCCCCAUUCUACAGACACAACCUGGACAAGAGCAGUGUCAUCUUCAACCAGCUGCCGUCCUGCCGCAGGUACAGACGAACUUGGGAGACGUUCAGCCUCGGGCUCCAGUCCAGCCUGUCUUGCAUGGUGUUCAGACCCCUCUCUGGGGAAUCGCAGCCGAUACAGAAACUACUGUACAUGCUGAAACUCAAACAGCACAACAACAAACAACAGUGUCAGCCCAAGCUGCAGCUAUACCUCAAACUCCAGCUUCAAAUGUCCAAACUUCAGCCCCAAUACAGGUUUCAAUAGCUCCUGCCUCGGCUCAAGCACCAGUCUAUGCACCAGGUCCCACUUUUGAGCCAUCUCGUGACUCAUCUUCUGUCAUGGGUAAACCGCAUCACUCGGUCCGAGGUUUGGUCUUGGCCCCAAUCCCUUUCACCCUGCCAGUCCCAGGUAAAUCUGCAGCCCCAGCUUCUGCUCCAGCUUCAGCUCCUGUCGCAGCUUCAGGCUCUGCUCCAGUUCUGCAGGCUGCUGGCAUCCAGACGGCAGUGUCACUGCCUGAGUGUGCCAGCCUAGCCACGACUCAGCAAAACCUCGAAACAACAUUUGCAUCCCGCAUCCUUCAACAGGAGUCCACUGCUGAGGAUGUGCUUCAGGACAAACCAGUAUCUUUACCCAGCUAUGCGUAUGACAGUCUCAACUCUGAUGUGGCAUCUGGUAAGGAGACGAGCGACGGCUAUGACAGCUUGGCCAGUGUUGGGAAGGGCGAUGGAAAACCCAGGAAACACCACCGCAAGUCUGCCCGCACACGUUCUCGCCAAGAAAAGACAAGCAAACCCAAACUAAGCAUGCUCAAUGUUUGCAACACUGGCGAUAAAAUGGUGGAAUGUCAGCUAGAGACUCACAAUCACAAAAUGGUGACGUUCAAAUUCGAUCUGGAUGGAGAUGCACCGGAGGAGAUUGCCACUUACAUGGUGGACAAUGGCUUCAUCCUACUGUUAGAGAAGGAGAUCUUCAUUGACCAGCUGAAGGACAUCGUGGAUAAAGCGGAGGACAUGCUGAGUGAAGAUGUAGAAGGUGAAAGAGCGUCGACCUUGAGUUGUAGUCCUCCACAAGGCCAGAUGUCUGAGGGGUUAGUGGGAGAGAGUCCGCAGCCUGGAGCACCUCAGCCUGUCUAUCAGCAGAAUGUUCUUCACACGGGGAAAAGAUGGUUCAUAAUCUGCCCUGUAGAGGAGACCACCACAUCCAGCCAGGAGACCCCGUCUGACGGCACGGCCACGCAGUCUCCUGCGAGUUCAACCACUACCCAGCCUGCAGACUGCAGUGGCACUGCGAGGCCUUCCAGAGAAGACGGCUCAUCUUCUACAAUGUCCGGAGGAAGUGGAGGCUUCUCCUAUGACGUGUAUGGAUUCUGUAGUCCCCCAAUCAUGUCCAACACUGACCCACUUCUCUUCGCCACUCUGUCCCCUCCUGUGUCUGCUCCCCCAACCCUCCAGUCCGUAUCAUCAGUGGAGCCUGCUGGCUCUGUGCCGCCCAGUGUGCAUCAGGCCCAGCCAGCAAGGGCUCAGAAUGUGCCCCCAUCAUCCCCACAUGCGUCUUUCCCAGUCGAUGAGUCACAAGGAUCCCCUCUAGGAACUGUCUCCCCGAUCCACGCCGCUCGGCAGAUGCCUGACAUGAUGAGUCCUGUUUCUAUAGCUGAGGAGGUGCCCUGCUGCCCUCUGGUCAUGCCACUUUCUCUGGAUGUGAGCGGUUCACAGGGUGGGUCUCCCCUGACCCCACUUCCUCUCCAGGAGCCCGAUUCAGCCAAAGAGCCGCUGUCUGUCUCCUAUGCCUCAGCAACACGAAGCGAGCGACCGCAGCAGCCUGUGGUGCUCCACCAGCCUUAUUCCAGCAUGGGAGGGACCAAAGUGUCCUCGCUACCCCAGAGCCCAGCCCCAUCCCAGCACGGUGCAGGGCCCGGUGAGUCAGAUGGCGAAGGACGGCUUGGCCGCGGGGGCUUUGUGGACAGCACCAUAAAAACACUGGACGAGAAACUAAGGAACUUGCUAUACCAGGAAUAUGCCCCCAUGUACCCAUCAGGCAGUGCUGCAGAGACACCAGGCUCCUGCACUGAGUACAUCCAGUCUCCUCCUGGUCCAGACAGCGCCAUGGGAGGGUCGGGAAACAGCACGCCAGGGCCGAUGGGGGAGGGACGCUACAGGACAGGGGAACAGCUGCCUCAGAUUCCAGAGAGAAUGGACAGUUUGAGCACACUGAGUGACUCAGCCGUGUGUGCUUCCAUGUCAAGAAGACACGUUCCUCACUCUGUCUCCUGCUCCGGAGCCAGAGGUCGAUUUAAGAUCAUUUCUGUUCCCCCUGAAGUGGCAAACAGACGAGAUGUGAAACAAAGGAGCUGGAGCAGCGCUGCCUCACCAGCACACCCAGUUACAUACAGACAGGACCAUGUUCAGGCUGAGGCCAUGGUCACCUCCACCACAAUCGGCCGUUUCUCUGUGGUUAGCACUGAAGACGACCUCACACAGAGUACACGCUUCAGCCGCUACUCUGCCCCGCCUGAUUUCUACCUGGACACGCCUCCUUCCAUGGCAAAGCGGGGCUCCCUGCCUCGUGCCCUGACCUCACCCUCCGUCCCUGUGGACGUCACUGUCCAUGCUCGCUUCCUCUCCUCAGACUCGGGGGCCGAGAGUAGCCCUGCGAAGCUGGCCCCUGCCACCCCAUCUCACCGGACUCGCUCUGAGCGCAGAGGAAGUGACCUCAUGAAGAGGGCGGUGGCCUUCCUCCGUCGCUCAGGGCGCAGCAGCAGUGUGCAGAGCUCAGACUCACCAAGUAGGCAUGGAGGCGUGCAUGGUUCAGCCUGUGGCAGCAGCGAUAAUGACUCAGAGAUGGAUGACUCAGACAUGAAGAGGGAACUGCAGAGACUCAGGGAGAAACACCUAAGGGAGAUCUCUGAGCUGCAGGCCCAUCAGCGGGGAGAGGUGGAACUGCUAUAUAACCGGCUGGGCAAAGCGGCUCCACCUGGCCUUGGUCUGUCUCACACUGCACCGCAUAACGGCCGUAGAAAGAGGUCGAGCAGGCACAAGCUGAAGCCUGGCAAACUUCUCAGCCCUCUGGUCCAACAGUUUAGAAACGUCACAACAAAAAGUAGUGACUCCAGCAGAUCUGCUGCUGCUGCUGCAGGCAUAGGUGAGCCUACACUGAGUUUAAAUGGCUCUCCAGCCAAAGGGUCUAUCCCCUCACAAGGCCGGGCACGGUCGUGCACGAGCCACAUUCCCAGCUCGACCUCAGAACCUGUGCAGACUCAACAGCCUUGCUCCCUCAAGGGCUCUUUGUCUUCAGAUAAUAUUUACGCUGGACUACACGGAGACGGUACCAGCACACAAGUUCCACCUGCACAAGGCUGGUCUAAUUACCCUCAACCAUCUGAGAGAGUCACCUAUAAAUCCAGUAGCAAGCCACGAGCUAGAUUUCUCAGUGGGCCUGUGUCUUUGUCUAUCUGGACAACACUGAAGAGACUAUGUAUUGGGAAAGACCGCGGCAGCAGGUCUGCAGCCGGAGCGGGCACCUUCAAUCAAUCCCAGCAGCUGCCUACCGGUGCCACACCUCCACCUCCUCCUCAUCAGCCGGUGAUGGGACUGGCCCAGGCCCAGGCGAAUAACAGCAACAACAAGACAGGCACAUACACGGGCACCUCCACGAGUGAAAAGGACCUGCCUGAAGACUUGCAGCGGCUGAUGGAGGACUGGGCCCAGGAGGUUCUUAUCGUCACCCACAGGCCGCGCACCAACUCUCUGAGCAUCAGCGGGCAGCAGCUGUGGGAUCAGGUUGUGCAUCGAACACAAAGACAUCUGGCUAGUGCUUCAUAUGUAUCGUCAUGGACAGGACUUGGUCCAGAGGCCUGCACUCGGUCCCUGACAUGGCCGGACAGCCCCAGGUCAACGCUGACGACCAGCCCCUCCACAGGGCCCCAUCCCAGCUAUCAGCUACACUCUCCCGCUCCUUUUAGGGCCUUGUCCUCCUUCCCUCUUCCUUCAGGAGUUUUUGUCUUUCCUGUUGCGCCCUCAGCCCAGGACGCUCCCACCCCCACUGCAGCUCCAUCAUAUCAGCCGCCCGACCCCAAAGUCAGGACUCUUUAACCUGAGUAGCAUUGUGUCUUCCAAGUCUUUACCAAAAACAAAUCUGGUUAUAGUUCUAGUCAAUCUUAGUGCACAUACUGUAUAUAUCUAACCAGCAUGUAAGUUACCUUAUGUACAUACCCGUCUAAAGUUUUAUGUUGUUUCUAUGUUUCAUUUGCAUCAACAUACCUCAUGUGCAUACUGUACAUCACAUCUGUGUGCAGUGUGUUGGUAUUAGUACAUUUAAAGAUGUAUAGUUUGCUCAGUCAGGCUCUAAAGUGCGGAUUUCAUUCAGUGCUUACAUACAGGACGUCUCCACCCACUGUACAUAAUGUACCGUCCAUCCACGCUUUGUUUAUAUAAAUACUUCAUGUUUAUGUUGCUCAUGUCCCUCCCUACAUAUAAGCUGACUUGUGUAUAUAUAUGAAUUCUUGUUUGUACAUAGCUCCUGUGUUUGUACAGUUAUCAUUAGGUAAACAAUAGGUCGAUGCUGCAGCUACGUGUCUUAAUGCAACAACCUAUUAGUCACCAUCAUGCCGUCACUGUGAAGACUUGACUUCCUGGUCACUAGGGCCGGUUUGCUUUACUCUGUUCUCUCAGUCCAAGGACAGGUUUCAUUCCUCAUCGAUGAAAUGCUUCCAGCACAAGCGCUUGAAACUUGAUUUGAAUGAACUUGAACUUUAUCUUCAGGUGAAAAAAAAACAACAAAAAAAACACCUGCGAGAGUGCCUUGAAUUGCAGUUUCAGUUCUCUGAAGAAAAGCAUUUAGAUUCAAAGCAGAUACUAGAUAUUCUAUAUAUACGCUUUCACUUCCAAA